GACCUGUGUGUGUGUGUGCGUGUUAGUGAAUUUCAAAUGUCAGUUCAGAGCUCACAAUAUUUGAGUAAUUAACCAACUCUAACCGUGCACACACAGACUUGACUUGGCGUUAAGAGUAAUGGCCUAAUGGUCUUUGUGUGUGACUAUUCACUUGUGGUCUUGGACAAAAAACAGAGUUCAGUGUGAUGGAUUACUCAUUUUAAUGCUGCAUGUGUGGGUGUCAGAGGGCGGUCUAAUAAAUUGUCUGAAGCUAAGUCACUUGACUCAGCACUGGUUGGGGCUGAAGACUUCAAGUUUGAAAAUGAAGAAAAAUAAUCAGUGUGUAGGGUUACAAAGAAGUGAUGUCACAAGCCGCUCCUCAUCUCCACUUGAGGUUCUGUCUGCGGUUUAACUGGAUUGUGGGCAAUGUAGGCACCAGGUUUGAGUGGAGAUGGAGAAGACUAAAUGUCUGGGCCCGCUGCAUCAAUUGUAAUAUUGUUUUCUUUUAAGAAGUACAUCAUAGUCAGUCUUCUAGGUGGCUGGGAUAUGGUAAAACUGUCCCUUUGCAGUUCAUAGUAACUGGGCUAAAACAUGAAUCACCAUUAUGGUCAAACUUAACAGAUUCAAGCAGCACCAUCUGGAAUAGUCAUCAUUUUUGGAUGAAACCCUUCAUAUUAAUUUGUCACCUCGUAUUCAGUUGGAUUUCACUCUUUUUGGUGCAACAUGCAUUACUGUUUGGUUCUCUGGUGCAGAUUAUUGCAACGUAUGCGUGGUGCCACCAGAUCAACACUUCUCUGGCUCUAUUGAUCAGAUAGGCUGAAAGCAAAAGGUCAACGCAGUGUGGUAAUGUGUUUGCACAUUGGUUUGAUAUUUUUAUUCAUUGCUAUUACAGUGCAGCUGUUGCAGAAGCCCCUUUGUGCGCAUUAAAUGUGAAGUGAAUCAAAUAGAAUAACUGUAACAUAAAAGAGACAGACAGCUUUAUAACACAGAGAGAGGGAGAGAAAGACCCAGUCUGUGCCCUUGUGUCCAACCACUGAUCAAUAACAAGUAUUGAUGGCUCCAUAUUUGCAUUAUGGCGGUAGAAUGUUGUGGUUCACUUAGGUUUUCUACGUUGUGUUCACAGUAUGAAUAAAACUCCCCAUCAUCAAACCAUUAGUGACCUAUAUGAGACACUUUUCAGAGCAAAAGUAGGUUGUGAAUAUCACUUUACUCAAACAGUUGUUUGUACAACAUCAGAACAGGAAAUGGGGCAGAUCAAAUGUGACGGACGAGACAAGCAGAGUGACAGCAAAACGAAGAACAUAGUUUAUUCAAUGACAAUGAAAUCAUUCCCUGCAAACAUUAUCUUGGCACAAAACUUCUUAAUAUGGCUGGAUAAUCUGGAUAGAAGGGGGACAAACGAGGUCCCAUGGAGAGAAAGAAUACAUGAUAAGAGACCGUCAAAGGAAAGAAAGAAGAGAAAGAAGGUUGUGAAAGUUGAUUAGUCUGAAUUUUUGUCUGAAGUUUGAACAUGAUUGUAAGAGCAGAUGUUCCAAAUUUUGUGAAAGCUGGCCUAGUUUACUGGCAAGAUGGGAAAAGAACCAAAUUCUCUCUUUUUUUUCUUUUCUUUUUUUUUACCUGGGAUUUUACCUAAAUGAAUAAGCAGCCAGUUAUUUUAGACUAGUUUAGAAUAGUGUGGAUAUCAAUAAAGAAAAAAUAAGAAAAUAAAUCAAAUCCUGUUCAGUGAACUAUUAUCCACAGUUAUGAAUUCAAACUCUUUACAUAUUUAAAACAAAAACUUCAAGUUUAUUGUUUUGCAAAUUAUCUGUUUUGCUUAGGGAUCCACAAACAUUAGUCCCAUAGCAUCUUCUGGCCUUCAUCAUAUAUGGAAGGACUGGGGAUUGGAUUCUUUUCUGGGGGUCCUGAACGUGUGAAGCAACAACUUCACAACAACAAUUUUCCCACACAUCCCUUUGUCCAUGUUCUUAUGCGCGUGGUCAUAAUUUUCCACCUCACCACGAUAAGGUUCGGCAACACAAAACACGUGGACUCUCACAUUGCCUUCACACACACACACACACACACACACACACACACACACACACACACACACACACACACACACACACACACACACACACACACACACACACACACACUUCCUUCAUCACCUUCUCUAGCUGUUGUCACAGAGUUGUCCAGCCACUGACACUUAAGCCCAAUCACUGAGAUAGCAGACCUGAGAGAGUGUUCAUUUGGUAGUGUUGGCAGGUACUACAGUGAGGGCACCAAGGUCAGGCUGCCUCCUCACACAGAUGAGUGGCAGAUUCUUUCUCUACCGGCUUCUUUGGCCAGAGGCAAUGUUUUCGGUUUGUCUGCCCGUCUGUCCGUCCCAUUCUCCUGAACGCGAUAUCUCAGGAAUUUCUUGAAGGAAUUUAUUUUAAUUUAGCAAACACGUUCAAGUGGACUCAAUGGUGAAGUGACUAGAAUUUGAUGGUCAGAGGUCGAGGUCACAACCCUUAAAUUCAUACUCUUAUUAUGACAAAAUACACUUAAUGCCUUCUAUUACAUUCUUUCACACUUCACUGCCUAUAAUAUGAGUCAGGACAGAAAGUUGGAUGUUAACUGCUACUCGACUGGUUGGCAGUGGCUAGGCGGUGAUUCUAGUUAAGAUGACUAGACGGUUCAGUUUCAGCUCCAAUUUUGUUCCAUUUAUUUUGUUUUCUCUACUUGAUUUAGUGUAAUAGAAGCUUCAGUAGUUAUUUUCUUAUAGUCAUGCACUUUAGUUGAACCUAUUCAACCCUGGACUGAUUUUCACCCCUUUCACCUUCAUGGUUAUUUGUACAAUGCUGAAGCUACAGCAGUGAUUGCACUGGCCAUAAGUAUUAAAAAGUUUUUCCCCCCAAAUUCUGUGUAUGCCAUAAUAUAUCCUACCUGUGUGUUUAUAGCUUUUCUUGCCACUUUCUAUAAUAGUAGGGGCACUUAAAUAAAUCCUCCGCGGAUUAGCACAACCAUCGGUGAGAUUGCCAAAAUCACGAGAGCAGCUGUAAUCCACAGCAUAUCGGCGUCUCCACAGCAAGACAUGCUACCGACUCAGUCCCCAUUUAUUCCAGGUCUUCUGUGCUACAAUCCCAAUCUCAGUCUUUAAUUUAGAAACCCUCCGCACAAAUCCUUCCCGUCUAUUGGCUCUAAUCUACAAUUUAUCCAAGAUUACUCACUCUGUACCACUUUGAUAUCCUGACCCAAAGUAAGAGUGCCACGCCAUGUAUAACUUGGUUUUUCAUUAGGGGCUUCGUAAUAGGAUAACCUAUUGGGCAACUCACUUCUUCUCUUUAAAGUUCUUUGUAUUUAAAAUGUUUUAGGAAUUAGUAUUAAUAUUUUGACAUUGAUUAAAAAUUGCCCAUUUUUAUUCUGCUUAUAAAGUAUUUAGAAUGUAAAUGCUGUAUAUUCAGAUAAAGAUUUGAACUUCAGUUCUAAAUCUGUAGAAACUUUCCGAAGAUACUGAUGGUAUAAGUGAAUGGAAUGUUUUUUCUCUGUUCUCUUUGCAGGCUCCAUGAUUGCACAGGUACAAAUCAGUGACGUUUCACCUUUUGAGAGUUUGGUUCUUGAGGUUACGACUGUCAAUGGGAAAACCUCAGCCAAUAUAUGAGCUAAAUCCAGCCACGAUCCAAGGACUGGCACUCAAAAAGAGACACCACCAUCGACUGACAGUGUAUUAGAAAAGAAGGCCCUAAAAACAAGGGAGUACCAAACAGACAACAACUCUCCCAAGGGAAUGGAACACACAACAAACUCUUUCGUUGUCUUCACCUGUGAUUCUUCACCGCAAAUCAUCGAAGCAUAGUGUUUUACUAAACAUGUGUCAGAGAGGACAAUCAACACACAAAUGGAGAUGAACCCAUAUGUUACUUCUGACUUCAGGAGGGAUCUCUUUCCCCAUUUCCAUUUGUUGUAGACUUUUGUCUACCCUGCUGUUACUGGUUAAUUGAAAUGACUUCUUCCAUAUAUCUUGUUGAGUGAGUUUCAGUUCUGUACUUGCCACAGUUCAGGGUUAUAGUUAAGGGGUGGAUUCUGUCCACUGUUCCAAAAAGACUGGAUGUGGAUGCGUUGUCAUCAUAGAGUUCUUUGGAAAUGAUUGGGCAAGGUAAAUACCAACACAUCUUUUAAUUGCCAGCUGUAUUUGCACAUUUAAAUGUUCAGUUUUUAUGAAUUAUUUGCAUGCUGUUUUUUGCCAUUGUUUUAUGGAGCACUCUUGCUUGUCCAUGUUAGUCCAUUACAUCUGCAUAUGAUAAUCAUCUCUGUUCAUUGCAGAAACUCUCUCUGAUGUUCAUGUAGCCGAGACAACACUCGGACCAGUUACACUCUCAGCCACUUUCACUCUCAGCUCCUCUCCUUCCUUGGCAUUCAUCUAAUCUAUCAACCAUGGCACCAGACCUCUGGAAAAAUGUAGAAAACUUCCUCAGGUGACCUGUGUACUUACCUUUUGCUUCCUUAUAAAGCAUACACUUAAAGCUAAGACAUGAGGAUGGUUGGAGAUUGAUUAAAGUAAUCUCUCGCUGUUAUUAUCUUUUUCUCAUCUUGUCAGGUAUAUUCACAUUCUCAGAAAUAUUGUUGAGCGGUAAUGAGGUAUGUCUCUAAUAAGAAGUUGACUGAUUGUUUAGGUCAAUAUUAUCCAUGCAACAGUCAGUACCAAAAUCAAGUCCUUACCUAAUUGGCAAUGGCCUUCAAACAUAUAUGCAGACCCUUUGAAAGAAAAUGUGAAACAGUUAAAGCAGUGACAUGACUGAACAAGAUGGCAAACAAAACCUUUCAGUUGGGCCUCUCUUUCUGGUAAAAUUAUAUUAAUUUGACCUGUGAAAACAAUUGUAAUAGUCAGUCCUUUAUCCAAGACAUAUAAGUGCAAAAUUAUGAUAAAUGAGUAAUGUCUGCAAGAAUUUAAUUUUCUGAAAGCGCUGUAUUCUUUGUUUCCUCAUCCCGAUACCAAAGGGUUGUAAAACUGGGAAGAACUGAACUGUGAUCGUAAGAAUUGGCAUGUUUUAUUUUUUAUUUUUGGGCUUUUUUGAAUGCAUGAAUGAUUUUAUCAUAUCAUCCUGUUGGAAGUUAAUUUGCACAUGUCUGUUCUGUAUGUCCAAUUUGCAUCUUGUCAUGAUAUUAUGUACGGGCCCCUAAAAUGUCUCCAUAUCCACCCUCUUACUGCAUCUAAUUGUUUAUAGCUUUAAUCAGUUUAUGCCUGCUCGCAUCACUUUUACUGAACUGAACCAAUCCUGCAUGCUGUUGUGAUGUCUGUUGAGGGCAACCCAGCCUUACUGCUCCUUGUCACCAAUUCUUGUUACAGAAAUAGAUUCCUUUGGCUACCGCUGACUUCUUUCUUUUCAGCUCACUUCGCUUACUCCAGUGAGUAUGAUUCCAUCCAUUUGUUAAUGAAUGCCCCUGUGGACCUACGUCAAGACAAAACCAAUUUGUUAGCAGAGGUAUUUUUUAUUGAAAGGGAAGACUGAACUGAGAAACAGCAUUACAGUUUGUAGAAAGGACACCAAAACAAGUGACUGAUCAAUACCCUUGGAAGGAACUGUCCUCUGGCUUAUCAUUUUUUCACUAUGGAUCUACAACUAUCUAUUUAUUAAGAAGGAUUAAAGGACCGACUGUGUUGUCAUUUACCGUACUUGACGACAUUGACUGUAUCAAGCUACUUAAUUCACUCAUCCACAACAUAGAGGAGAAUUAAAAUACAUGAUGGGAGCGGCACGUGUGAAACGCCGCUUCAGUGCUGUGGUGGAUGGGCCAGUGGAGGAGGAGGAGGUCAUGAGACUGGCACAGAGUGCUGCAGAUACACCUGGGGCAGGGGGGAGCCCCACGGGGUCAGGGACCCCAACCAGCUCCUCCCCGACCCAUGCCCUCAACGGCAAAACUCUACCUCUUCAGAGCAACACCAACAAUGCACGGAGGCAGAGUGCCAUUGGAGAGUCAUUUGGGGGAGACGCAGGAGAAGGCAGGGUUAGAGCAGGAGGAAUAUGCUCUGGCCUAAGGAGUGGCAAAAGCAAUAGUGGAGGAGGAAGAGGGGAAGGCCGUUCAUCCUCAAACCAGGAUUCACUCCCUUCCCUCUUCACUACCAGCUGCCGGCGCACCAGGCGCUCCAGCCGCCGGCCCCGACAACGCUUUGUGGACAAGGACGGACGCUGCAACGUCACCUUCGUCAACAUGAGCGAGAGGGGCCAGCGGUACCUUAGUGACCUCUUCACCACCUGUGUGGACAUCCGCUGGCGCUGGAUGCUGGUCAUCUUCACCCUCUCCUUUCUGCUCUCCUGGCUACUCUUUGGAUUUGCCUUCUGGCUCAUUGCCUCCAUGCAUGGGGACCUCUCCAUUCGGCUUACUUCCAGCUCGGGCUCCUCUCCGGGGUCAGGGGAGGCCGAUCCUGGAGGAGUGUCUGAUAGAGAGGCAGUUGUUGAGGAGCCAUGCUUUCUCCAGGUGAACAGCUUCAUGGCAGCUUUUCUAUUAUCCUUGGAGACGCAGACAUCCAUCGGUUACGGAUUCAGAAGCGUGACCGAAGAAUGUCCCCUGGCGGUGGUGGCGGUCAUUUUGCAGUGCAUUGUGGGCUGCAUUAUCGACGCCUUCAUCAUCGGGGCUGUCAUGGCAAAGAUUGCCAAGCCCAAGAAACGCAACGAAACACUGGUGUUCUCUGAAACAGCUGUGGUGGCACUAAGGGAUGGGAAACUCUGCAUGAUGUGGAGGGUUGGAAACCUGCGUAAGAGCCAUCUGGUAGAGGCGCAUGUCAGAGCACAACUACUGAAGCCAAGGGUUACACCAGAGGGAGAGUUCCUCCCACUGGACAACAUGGACAUCAACGUGGGUUUUGACACUGGCACCGACCGCAUCUUCUUGGUCUCACCUGUUACAAUUGUCCAUGAAAUCAAUGACGAGUCACCGUUCUUCGAGAUGGACCGAAAGAUGCUGGAGAGUGACUCAGAGUUGGAGCUGGUGGUCAUACUGGAGGGAAUGGUGGAGGCCACAGCCAUGACCACACAGUGCCGAAGCUCCUAUGUGGCUUCUGAAAUCCUCUGGGGACACCGCUUUGAACCAGUGCUCUUCGAGAGGAAAGACUGCUACCAGGUGGACUAUUCUUUCUUCCAUCGGACGUAUAAAAUCCCUGACACACCUUCAUGCAGCGCUAAAGAACUGGCUGAGGAAAAGUACAUUCAGGGCUCAUGCUCCUCAUUCUGCUAUGAAAAUGAAGUGGCUCUACAACUCGCCUCCCCUGAUGAUGCAUCUGACCACGACCCAGAGUGCCCUCCAUCACCAACACGAAGGCCAUCCCUGGCUGAACAUCUCCACCACAACUGAACUUGAUAGACAACAGGCCUCAAGGGGUAAAAGAGAGCAGACUGACCCAGGGGUUUAGAGCAAGUUAGUGCCAAAAGAGAGGCAGGAAGGAAUGAGAAAACCAAAAGAGACAGGAUAUAAAAUACUGUAGAUGGAGGCCUGAUUUUGUCAGCAUCGCAAUUGGACAGGAAAAAGUCUAGAAUAGGGGCAGGUUAAAAGAUCCAGUAGAAUUUUUUUGCAGAAUUAGAUGAGUAUUAUCAUACAGAUUAGAUUUUCAGAGAAAUAAACAGGAACUGCACAGAUAAAGAGAGAGCGUAAGGUUUGGGGUCAGUCUAUUUGGGGAGAUGAGUCACUUCACUGACCUAGUUGUCUGAUUGGCCCUGGCAAUCUUUCAUAAUCACAGAAACUUGUCUGCCAAGUCUCACCUCUGGCCCAUCACCACCACAGCACACUCAUCUGGCUCGAAUGCCUGACUGUCAGGAUGUGCAGCAGCACCACAUAGUGGCUCUAACCUGCAGCAGGACCUCCAUUUGUGUGGUCCUGGAGACAACUUUGACCUAUUUCAGAUGGCCUCUUGUAUGCAAUACACAGUAGUGUACUUACUACUCAGGAAUGUAUUCCACGUUGAAGCUGACUUAUCACUUUUAUUUUUUAUUUUCUUAUGGUAAGUAUGAAUAGUGCACAUUUUGUGAUACUUGACCCUUGGUGGAUGUUGAGAAUGCAGUUGGUGGCUUGGCUAGGCAACAGUUACAUGGAGAAACGGCUGAAAACUAGCAGCGGCUUUGAGCAGUUUCUUUCCCAUGUAAUGUACUGUAUGUUGUUUUUUUUCUAUAGUAGAGCAAUCCGUGCUCAUUGUUUGUAACAUUUGUUUUAUUUAGCCUAUUCAUUAUUUAAUCUGAUAUUUUGUUCUGGUUGAAUGCCAUGAGGUCAGAGGAAGCACGGCAGCAGAGCCGUCGAAGGAGAGAGUAGACAGCUACGUUCACUCCAAUGGACCAUUUUUUUCUCAGCAAUGGCGGAUCAUGGAGCCUCUCAAUAGUUCCCGGAAGUGACCAGCAGCCCAUUAGAGUAGCAGCAGAAUGGAAUCAAUGGACCGUCUGUGUUGCACUUAUGACGCGUAAGACGUUUAAAUAAUGAGAUUGCAUAUUAUCAGCACAUCUGAAUCAAAUCAACAUGCGCAUUAAAGCAUGUUAGUGGAUUGUGAUUUGGAUUAUUUAGGAUUUAUUUAGGAGUUGGGCCUGCAUGGUGGUGUAGUGGUUAUCAUUUUCGCCCCACAGCAAGAAGGUUCUGGGUUCGAAUCCCGGUUCAAACCAACCAGGGCCUUCCUGUGUGGAGUUUGCAUGUUCUCCCCGUGUA